CCAGGGAGACCGGGAGAGAGGGCUGCCGAUGGGGGGUGGGGAGAGGGGCUAGGGGUGCGGGAGAGGACCCCAAAUCCUGCUUAAGCUCUCACCACUCCCAGGGUAUUUUCUAGCGGAGGGUGUGCCCCGGCGAGAAGCGAUCUCCAGGGAAGGCUUGGGCCAGGCGCGCAAACAGGCGUCGCCGGGGUCAGGGUAGCUGGCACUGGGAACGGGCUUUUGGGACGCCUCGAAAGUGAGUCUAGCUGGGGGAAGAAACUGCGGGCAUCUCGGGCGAUCCGGCUGGAGAGGAAGUUGGGCGGGAGAAAACUUUCUUGGAAGGUAGAGGCCAAACUCUGCUGGGGCAGCAAGGGGCAGCGCGGAGAGCGAGGAACGGUCGGUGCCGCCGGAGGGCGCAGGGCGCGGGCCUGCUGGGGAGGGGACCGGGGCGCAAGGCGGAGUCCGGGCGCGCCGCCAGGCUGGUGGGGGGCCCCGGCGGGCUGCAGAUUCCCUCUGGCUCCCGGGAGCCGCGGCAGGACCGGCCAGGAGGCGCCAUGGAGGGGAGCCCCAUACCCGUGCUCACGGUGCCCACGACGCCCUACCAGGACCAGCGGCCGACCGGCGGCGGGGGGCUGCGGCGGCCCACCGGCCUCUUCGAGGGCCAGCGCAACUACCUGCCCAACUUCAUUCAGAGCGUGCUGUCAUCCAUUGACCUGCGCGACCGCCAGGGCUGCACCAUGGUGGUGGGCAGCGACGGCAGGUACUUCAGCAGGACGGCCACGGAGAUCGUGGUGCAGAUGGCCGCGGCCAACGGGAUUGGACGACUGAUUAUUGGACAGAAUGGCAUCUUGUCGACACCUGCUGUUUCCUGCAUUAUCAGAAAGAUCAAGGCAGCUGGUGGAAUCAUCCUGACAGCCAGCCACUGCCCUGGAGGACCAGGGGGAGAGUUUGGAGUGAAGUUUAAUGUUGCCAAUGGAGGUCCUGCGCCAGAUGUCGUCUCAGACAAAAUCUAUCAGAUCAGCAAAACAAUCGAGGAAUAUGCCAUAUGCCCUGACCUUCGAAUCGACCUCUCUCGACUAGGAAGACAAGAAUUUGACCUGGAGAACAAAUUCAAACCGUUUAGAGUGGAGAUAGUGGACCCAGUGGAUAUCUAUCUCAACCUCCUUCGGACCAUCUUUGACUUUAACGCCAUUAAGAGUUUGCUGACCGGGCCGGGCCAACUUAAGAUCCGAGUUGAUGCGAUGCAUGGAGUUAUGGGACCCUAUGUGAGAAAAGUCCUGUGUGAUGAGCUGGGGGCCCCAGCCAAUUCUGCAAUAAACUGUGUUCCCCUGGAAGAUUUUGGAGGACAGCAUCCUGACCCAAACCUGACAUAUGCAACAACCCUUUUGGAAGCUAUGAAAGGAGGGGAAUAUGGGUUUGGAGCUGCAUUUGAUGCUGACGGGGACCGUUAUAUGAUCCUAGGCCAAAACGGCUUCUUUGUGAGCCCGUCCGACUCCCUGGCCAUCAUUGCCGCCAACCUCUCUUGCAUUCCGUAUUUCCGUCAGAUGGGGGUCCGAGGGUUUGGGAGGAGUAUGCCCACCAGCACGGCCCUGGACAGAGUGGCCAAAUCAAUGAAGGUCCCUGUAUAUGAGACCCCAGCUGGAUGGAGAUUCUUCUCAAAUCUGAUGGACUCGGGACGGUGUUCUCUAUGUGGAGAAGAGAGCUUCGGCACUGGCUCUGAUCACCUCCGGGAGAAAGAUGGCCUCUGGGCUGUCUUGGUCUGGCUCUCCAUUAUUGCUGCCCGGAAGCAGAGUGUGGAGGAAAUUGUCCGAGAUCACUGGGCCAAAUUUGGCCGCCACUACUAUUGCAGGUUUGACUAUGAGGGGCUGGAGCCCAAGACGACAUAUUACAUCAUGAGGGACCUGGAGGCCCUGGUCGCAGACAAGUCUUUCAUCGGCCAGCAGUUUGCUGUGGGGAGCCAUGUCUACAGUGUGGCGAAGACAGACAGCUUUGAAUACGUGGACCCCGUGGACGGCACCGUGACCAAGAAACAGGGCCUGAGGAUCAUUUUCUCAGAUGCGUCACGGCUCAUCUUCCGGCUCAGUUCCUCCAGUGGUGUGCGGGCCACCAUCAGACUGUAUGCAGAGAGCUACGAGAGGGAUCCCAGCGGUCAUGACCAGGAGCCCCAGGCCGUGCUGAGCCCUCUCAUAGCCAUCGCGCUGAAAAUCUCCCAGAUCCAUGAGAGAACCGGCCGGAGGGGCCCCACCGUCAUCACCUGAGUGGAGGAAGGCUCGCCCACCGGGGCCAAAGGAGAGCGCUCGGCGGGAGACACGGCACCCCUACCUUCUUGCUACCUGUUUGAGCCUCUUCUGACUUCGGAAAAAACAAAAGAUAGUUUGCUGGUGGGGGGUGGGCGGUAGGUGGGAAAAGAGAAAAAAAAAUCUGUUUUGUUUGAGUUUUGGUCAGUUCUUCCAAAUGCACCAGGGUCUCCAGUUGUCUGUUAAAGCCUCACUGUCAUUUGACAUCUAUAUGUUAUCACACAAAGGAGCCUCCCCUUUUGGGAAAGAAUAAGUGGCCUAGGAAUCUGUUAAUCAUGGCGUCUGUGCAUCAUUGGUGCCAGGUGAGGAAAGGUUCUGAAAUCAUGGAGGAGAGCACAUUGCCAGGAUUAAGCUGACCCUAAGCCAGAGGUUCCCCUGGGCAGACCUGAGAAGACCCUCCUCAGCAUUGAAGAGGAUUUAGCUUUUCCUCGUAGGUCAAGUCUCCCAUGGAGGAAAGCUGUAGAACUCCUAAUAGCCCACCUUAUGCCCACCAACCACCUGAUGCCCCACUCUCCCACCCUCCUGUCCCCACAGUCCCUGUACCACCUUCUCUCACCUCUUCUGAAGCUUUCUACAAAUCACGAUGGCACACUUUCAACAAAACAUAUCAAAGGGUGUUUUUCUCUCUUAUUUUGUAAAUAAUAUUAUUUUAGCUAUUAAGCUGGCUGCAUUCCUUCAAAUUCAGCCAUUCAUUAUGCAAAUGGAAAGCAGUUUCUUGGCAGAACUCUGCAAAUAAAUGCUUCACAGUUUUGGGGCCCUUCUUUGAUUAUAUCACAUAGGUUGAUGCACGGGUUGACACUAAUUCCUCCUAGAAAGACAAAAUCCCACCAUGUCUGCUAUCUCUCUGACUUUAGCUCUGUCUGCUGUCUUAUCUCCCAAUAAGGACCUAUUUUAAUGCACUUGUUUGGACACAGUGCAGAUCUUGCUUAUAAUGGCUAUAAAAGGAGAGAAUGAAAUGCUGUAAAAGUAGGAAAUGAAGUGGAUGCUGGAAGAAAACCUUACUGGUGGUACAGUUAUGUGCCUGAUGAGAUGGAGGGGAGGAGGACACCCUGCUGGAAAGCAGAGGGUCACAACCAGUUUUCUUUGCCCAGGAAAAGGAUGUUGCAGCUCUAGCAGCCUCCGUCUGUGCUCAGCCAGGCACUCGGUGCAUGGGACCUCUUUGCAUACGUUUUGCUUCCUUGGGAAUGGCACUCUCACUUCUCGUGUCAUUUGCACAGAUGAUGUGAUGCACUUUGACUGUUAAGCAAUGCGUUAUUGCUGUAGUCACGAUUAGUGCAAGCAGGGAAACAUUCCCAGUAAGGUAUUUGUUUCCAUUUUCUAUCUAUGCUUCUGUCAGAAACUUGCUAGGACAUUUAGUACCCAAUAAAAAAGAAAUUCCUUAUUUCAACCUU